GUAGUUUAGACUGCAUGUCGAAUUUAUACAUGUGACGUUCAUAUUCUUCAAUGUGUCAGAGUUCAGCGUGAUUCAACCAUCCGUAGUACUGUACCUUCUCAAUGUUCUGAUUGAUGUCAUAUGAACAUUUUAUCUGAAAGUCGCUAAAUAUAAAAAAUCUGAGCAUGGCUGUCAAUGUACCAGGACUUAUUGCUGUUAUUAUUUUUUAUGUACUAAUAUUAGUGAUUGGUCUAUGGGCCGCACGAAAAACAAAAGGGAAAGACAAUGAAGAUAUGAUGCUGGCCGGGAGAAAUAUUGGUAUGACAGUUGGGAUCUUCACUAUGACAGCUACCUGGGUUGGCGGAGGAUUUAUAAAUGGAUCGGCGGAGGCUGUAUAUGUUAGUGGUUUGGUGUGGUGUCAAGCUCCUUUUGGAUAUGCAGCCAGCAUGUGGUUCGGUGGAUAUUUCUUCGCAAAACGGAUGCGUACCUUAGGAUAUGUUACAAUGUUGGAUCCAUUGCAACAAAAAUACGGGAAAAAGAUGGGAGCUUUACUUUACAUUCCUCCAUUGUCUGGUGAUAUAUUCUGGUCUGGGGCAAUACUUGGUGCCCUUGGUACAACUCUUUCAGUAAUUAUAGACCUUGAUUAUAACACGGCUGUUAUAAUAUCCGCCGGUGUAGCUGUGUUUUACACAUUGUUUGGAGGGUUAUACUCUGUAGCGUAUACAGAUGUCAUACAACUGUUAUGUAUUUUUGUGGGUCUUUGGUUGACAGUACCAUUUGCAAUGACGCAUGAUGCAGUAACAGACAUAUCAGUCAACUAUACAUCAGUUUGGAUAAAAGAUCUUGAUCCAAGAUAUUCUGGACAAUAUAUUGAUUCGUUCCUGCUUCUUAUUCUAGGAGGAGUGGGUUGGCAGGUAUAUUUUCAAAGAGUUUUUUCUGCAAAAACGUCACGUAUUGCAGAAUUGUUGUCGUACGCUGCAGGGUUUGGUUGUAUCUUUUUGACAAUUCCAGCCGUUCUGAUUGGUGCUAUUGCAGCUAAUACAAAUUGGAAUGAAACAGGAUACUACAAGGCCACUGACUAUCGUCUACCAGAUGGUGAUGAAAGAUAUACAUUGCCUUUGGUAAUGCAGUACCUUUGCCCAACAGCUGUUUCCUUUUUUGGGUUAGGAGCUGUUGCGGCAGCAGUCAUGUCGUCUGCUGAUUCAUCUGUAUUGUCUGCUAGUGGGAUGUUUUCCAGAAAUAUAUACGGUGCUGUUAUACGACCAAAAGCUUCAGACAACGAAAUUACAUGGGUUAUGAGAAUAGCAAUAGUUGGUAUAGGAUCAUUAGCAACAAUCAUGGCAAUUCAAGUGGGAUCUAUUUAUGACUUGUUUGUUUUGUGUUCUGACUUUGUAUAUGUAAUGUUGUUUCCUCAGUUGACAUGCGUGAUUUAUUUUAGUGAUAUGAACACAUAUGGUUCUCUUGCUGGUUAUAUAAUGGGAUUAUUUGUACGAUUAGCAGGGGGUGAAAAAACCUUAAGCAUACCAACGUUGAUAAAGUUUCCAUGGUACGACGAAACGGAAAAUUCACAACUUUUCCCGUUUAAAACAUUCUCUACGUUGACAACCUUCUUCUUUAUUUUUCUUGGUUCAUAUUGCACGAACUAUAUUUUUGAAAAAGGACUUUUACCAGCAAAGUGUGACAUUUUCAAAUGUGUCGUCAAUCUCGACGAUAAAAAAGAGAAACUUGGGACAGUCUUUUCAAGUAAUUCGUUGACUACAAUUAAUACGUCAGAGUGUUUUGCUGAUGAUAAAACGAUAAAAACAGAUUUAAACAAAGAUUUAUCAGAAAAACAAAACGGAUUUAUUUCAGUCGACAACGAAAAAAAAUCUCUAGAGAUGCAUUACAUUAACACAAAAUUAUAAUUUCAUUUUUAGUUAAGACAACCUUGGAACUAUAAGUCCUCAGAAUUUCUGAUUAUUAAAUCCAUUUCUUUUUUUAUUUUCAUAUUUACUUUUCUUAUGGUAUGUUGUACACUUUAUUAAACUUUUUACAUAUUCUUUA